CAACUUUUUCACUCAGAACGUCACCACCUUUUCCUUUUCUCUCAAUCCCCUCUCCCAGUUCCUCCAAUCUCCUCACUAUCGCCCUAGCGAUUCCUCUUGCAUAUAGUUCUCUAGGUGAAUGCAGUAAAAAUGCCAGAAGUACGCCCAGUUGCUGUGUACGGCCUCGAAGUGCCUUGCGGCGAUAUGAUGAUCCAGGGCAAUCCGGAUGAGUUUCCUGCUCCUGGAAAGUAUCGCAUCACAAUGGCCGCCAUUGACCCCACGGACGAGCCUGCAGACGAUGGUCCUCGCCGGGCUACAUUGAAGAUGGUCCGCUUGAACUACCCGCUUGAUGAUUCCGACGAUGACGACGAUGAUGAUGACGACAUCGAGUCUGAUGAUGUCGAAGCUAUUGAGCGCCGUCUUGGGCUUGGAGUGGACUCUGACGACUCUGAUGAAGAGAGCAAUGGUGGCCCGGGAGAGAAGACCAAAUCUGCCCGCGCCAAGGCUCUGAAGGAGGCCAUUAAGAAGGCGGAGGAGGAAGAUGCCAUGGAUCUUGAGCUUGCCAAUGGCGACAAUGGCAAGGGCAAGGGCAAGGCUUCCGACGACGAAGACGACGAAGAUGAUGACAUUGAGUCUGGCGAUGAAGAUGAGCUUGAGGAGUACACUCUUUGCACUCUCGAUCCAGAGAGGUUCUACCAGCAGCCGCUUGACAUCACCAUCGAUGUGCGCGAACAAGUCUUCUUCAAGGUCGUUGGCGCUUACAAUGUGCACCUGACGGGUAACUAUCUCGCCGACCCGGAAGAGCUCGAGGACGACUAUGAAGAUUCUGACGAGGAGGACGGCCUCGAUGCUCUUGCUGACCUCGAGGACCUCUCCGACGAAGAAGAUUACUCCGAGGAAGAUGAACUCGAUGGUUUAGCCGAUCCUCGCGUUACCGAGGUGGACUCUGAAGAAGAUGAGGCACCGAAGCUCGUCAAGUCUAUCAAAGACUCCAAAAAACGUGCUGCAGAUGACUCUGAUGAGGAUGAAUCUUCAAAGAAGACUCUGAAGGGCAACGAGUCUUCUGUCAAUGGCGAGAAGCUCACCAAGAGCCAAAAGAAGAAGCUCAAGAACAACGCCGGUAACGCCGCCGAAGCGCCAGCCGCGGCAGAAGCCGAGAAGAAGGAGGCGCAUGGCAAGGACAAGAAGGAGCAAGUAAAUGGUUCGGAUAAGAAGAAGGUGCAGUUUGCUGAGAAGCUCGUUCAAGAUCAGCCACAUACUAAGUCAGAACCAAAGGCUGAUGCAAAGACGGAUAAGAAGUCCGACGGCAAGGAGAAGAAGACAUGGAAGGUGAAUGGUGUCACUAUCGACGAGCGCAAAGUUGGUAGUGGCAGACAAGCAAAGCCUGGUGACAAGCUUGGCAUGCGGUACAUUGGUAAAUUAAAGGAUGGGAAAGUCUUCGACUCAAAUACCAAGGGCGAGCCGUUCAAAUUUACUCUUGGCAAGGGUCAGGUCAUCAAAGGCUGGGACAUCGGCGUUGCUGGCAUGUCCGUUGGAGGUGAACGCCGCAUUAUUGUUCCUCCACACCUAGCCUACGGCAAGCAGAAGCAACAGGGCAUCCCACCAAACUCUGAGCUCACCUUCGACAUCAAGCUCAUUUCAAUCAACUAAGUUGUGCUGCCAGGAAAAAGCAGUGCCUGUCUCCAUAAAGCAACAAAGCAUCGACUCUCCUCGUAUGUACAGCAGCGAAACUCCGCUUAAGCAUACUCCGCUCCUCGCAAGAUCAGCGCGGCAUUACAGCUUAAACUCCAUCUCUUUUUUUUCCACAGCUUUGCUAAGGAGGAGAAUCCACUUGUUCUAGCAUGCCUAGAAUGAAUGCAAAUAUGGGGGCUCCAUUUCUUGGCGUUAAUUGUAAGUGCGAAGGUACAUCGUCAAGCAUUUUUGCGUUGGAAUAUGAAGAUCCGACUUGCAUUUGCCGUCUGCAUAGCUCUGCAAGACUUAAAUGUUUUUUGUACGAGUGAGGAAAGCAGGCUUAAACGCAGCUUGUGCAGGGAUGAGGAUGAUACCCACAUUUUUUUGCGAUUCUUAUUUUUCUUAUCUUUGCUAAAUCCUUUCGUCGGCUUUCGGAUACAAAAAGUUGUCAAAGAAUGGAGGGGAAUAUAGUGAUGUGUCCAUUGUCGUACAGGAGCUUGCUUAUUAGGCUAAAUGGCAUCAAUGUACUGGGUAAAAAUAACACACCAACAUAACACUUAAGAGGUAUCUUUUCUCAUGGCAUCAUGCCGACCCUUCGCGCAACAUCAACGUUCAAGUCGGUAAACGCGAAACUGAAGUAAUCGGAGACGGACAAUCAGCUGGGGUUGAAAUAAUAGGGAUCAUUCUGGCCGAGAGUCAAGGCGCAACAGAACAGGUGACACAUUAGUCAUGCCCUUUUCAAGCGUCCAAGCCACUUGCAAGGCAGCAUUAACAAGAUCAUAAGCAGUUUUCGGUACAGUCUAGACAUCUUCAAUGAAGAGAGGAGCCAAUCAAAG